AUGAACACUUCAUAUUCUAUCUAUCUAUCUAUCUAUCUAUCUAUCUAUCUAUAUAUAAAUAAAAAUCCUUCCUCUCUCUCUCUCUCUCUCUCUACGAUGUACAGAGACGAAGAGAAAAAUGAGCCAACAAACCAAAAAAUCAGUUUUCUUAAUUUCUUCUUCUUCUUCUUCUUCUUCUUCUUCUUCUUCUUCUUCUUCUUCUUCUAUAUGCCUCAAGAAACAGGAAGAAAGUACCAUAAGGAGCCUUCUUUCUUCCCCUCUGAAAACAGUACUGAACUCCCCCCCAUUCCUAAUACACCUCCUCCAAAAACACCUUCUCUGAUUACCACUGCAGCCGAUGACAUUUCCACUUCACCCAACACUCCCUUUCCACCAGCACAACGUCCAGCGACUCCCCAACGCCCAGCAUCACCCACCAGAUCUUUCUUUUUUGUAGUCUUUCUUUCUUUCUUUCUUUCUUUCUUUCUUUCUUCUUCCCACUUUCUUUAUAAUUAUUCUUUCUUUUCUUUUUUAAUUUUUCUUUCUUUCUUUUUUCUUUCUUUCUUUCUUUCUUUCUUUCUUUCUUUCUUUCUUUCUUUGCAAUGUUUACUUCUGUGGAGGCUUUUUCUUUAA